AUGAAUGAAAAUAUAAACAUCUCUCGUCCUUGUACUGCUGGUUCAGCCUCAACAACCAGUUCUGAUAAUACGCCGUCGUUUACAGAUAUCCAUGUUGACGUGGAACAACCAAUUAUAACAUCCCCUACGAUUAAUGCAGAUUUUGUUGCUACUCCUCUCUCCUCCUACUUCUCUCUUCCUCUAUUCCCUCCCACCAUUUUAUAUCCGCCUUCCGGAAUCAACCGCCGAAGAUUUCGGAGAGUGGCGGGGCUCGUAAUUAUAACUCUCAUCCUAAUAACUACUUUGUUGGUUGCGUUAUUAUUAUCGACAAAGAAGAAGAAAGGGAAAACAAAUUAUAAUAGUCUCGACUGCGUGAUUAAAAUAUCGGUUUCUAAGGAUUGGAUUAAUAACAAGUCGAACUUCACUAAUGUGUCCGACGCAGUGGAAGCCUCGCCAAACUAUAGCCCGUUCAAAGUGUGCAUCACAAUCGGGGAAGGGGAAUACUACGAAAUCGUCAAGAUUGGUCACGAAAAGAUCAAUUUGAUUUUUAUUGGAGAAGGAAUCGGGAAGACCGUUAUAUCUUCAAACGCAAGCAACGUAUAUGGAUCACCGGUAGCUGCAACUCUAAGUGUAUUUGGAGAAGAGUUCUUGGCUCAAGAUCUGACGAUCAGAAACGAAGCAGUACAAUAUGGGGUUGCGGUUGAGAACGCAGGAGCAAAAUCAAUCUUCUUUAGGUGUAAAUUUGAAGGAGCUAACGCGACUCUGUAUACCAACGGUGAAAAACAAUUCUACCGCGAUUGCCGCUUUUACGGUGGAACUAAUUUGGUGUUCGGAUACAGCCGUGCCUUCUUCCAAAAAUGCAAGUUUGUCGGCGAGAAAUCGCAUCCUCGAGAUAAGGUUGUAUUCUCUAGCCAAACUUCUCGUCUUUCGAAUUUUGAGAUUGGGUUUGUAUUUCACCUUUGUGCGUUCGACGUAGUGGGGAGUUUUGCAAAUAGCUCAGAAACAGCCUUCUUAGGUAGUUCGGCGGGGUAUUACGCGUUUGUUGUAGUUAUGGAAUCGUAUUUGGAUCGAUCCGUAGGCGGAUACUUUCUUGGUGCUCCCCCAAACACUAUGUACUAUGUCGUUUUUCGCAACGUAGGAGUUGGUGCAACUAAAGCGAAUAUACCACAAUUUGUGUAUGUACUCGAAAGUGUGGAAGCUGCUUCAAAAUAUUCAUUAAGGGAGUUUUUAGAUGGAGGUAGUUGGAUAGCUAAAGGGGUAGACUACGAUUUAGAUUUAGUGAAAUGA